CUUCAUACAUUCGUGUUUCUGCUCUUUCAGGUUCAGUUCAGAAUCUACUUGAACUGUGUGACCUUCAGGUUAUUUCAACUUGAUACUCUUGAAGACUUGCGCUACUUGAGGCUCUAACAACUUUCCACCUUUUCCUCUUCCUAUUGCCCAUUGCUUUCAUAUUCACGUACUGACACCUCAAUCAGGACCCAACCGUCAAUCGGCGAUAUAAUCAUGAACUCCACGCUGGGAAACGGUCGUCAUCGCCGUCAAAUCUCCACACCAGUUGCGCCAUACCAGCCCGUGCCAGUCAUGAACAAUAUGCAACCCCGUCGGUCACAUCGUCGAGGCCAGACUGUGGACUACAGUUCCUUCAGUCAACAGCCCACUAUGGACCGACACAUGCCAAAGACGGUCUCGCAGCUGCGAGAUUAUUUUAACGAAAAAGCAGGUUUCUCAUAUCAACAAAGGGAUGUACAGCAGUAUCAAUCUUAUGCCCAGCAGCCCGAGCGGUCUUUCAUUCCACCAGGCAUGAACAUGCAGCAGCCGUAUCAAUAUCAACCUCACCAGUCGCUCGGGUCUGACUGCCAGGCUUUCAACCAAGAACAAUUGCAAGCGAUCCACACCACCACUGGCAGCCCUGCGCCCUCUUCUGUCGGUGCUCCGGCUUUGUCUCGAUCAGCCAGUGAAUGCUCUGAAAACACACCAUUGAAGCUUGCACUGCACCGUAUGCAGCAAGAGCAGUUCUCGAAUCAGCAACAACAACAAUUUAUUGGCAAUGCCGAUUGGGAAUUGUUUCCCCAGCGCAACAUGCCAAUGGUCCAAAACGAGCAGGUGACGGCCUAUGCCGGACCGAUGCACCCAGUCUCUGUUCAACCAAAGGCUCCAUCUGCGAAGAUUCUUUCCCAAAUGUCCACUGCUUACAACUCCCCCUUGACCCCCGAUUCUACCCCAUUGAAAAGAUCUAUUGAUUAUUCCAUGUACAGCAAUGACCCAACACCUUCCAAAUCCCAAAGUUUCUCAUUUCCCCAUACCCCUUCCACUGCUGAGAUGCAGAGAGCCCAGUCUUUGCAAGGAGCCCCCUAUGUCAAUUCUGUGCAGAUUAAGCAGCAAAUGCCCUCCCCUGUCAAUUCCCCGAUUAGCGCAUCAUUCACCGAAGUUGCCGAUAUGCCAUCCCCGGGUUCAUAUGAAAUGACGCCUCAAGAGUCAAAUGCCUCAUUCACAUCUUCCACUGGCAGAACCAAGAAGCGAGCCCCGUCUACUGUAUCCUCACCCAUCGAGCUAGCUGCUCACGAUGAUGACCUUGAUGCUCGAGUCAAGGCCUCAGUCCAGCAAACCGGUGUUUCGACCGACGAAAUUGCCAAGUUUAUCUCAGGCCCCGAUCCCAAAGAUGGAAAGUGGGUCUGUCUAUUUACAGGCUGCCUGUGCCGCUUUGGUCGCAAGGAGAACAUCAAGUCCCACGUCCAAACACACCUCGGAGACCGUCAAUUCAAGUGCGAUAUUUGCGAAAAGCACUUUGUGCGCGGACAUGAUCUCAAGCGCCAUCUCAAGACACACAGUGGCAAUAAGCCCUUCGCCUGUGCCUGUGGUGCCAGCUUUGCUAGACAGGAUGCCCUGACUCGUCACCGCCAGCGCGAUAUGUGUGUUGGAGGCUUCACCGGUGUGGUUCCAAAGACCACCAAGCGUGGCCGCCCCCCGAAGAAGAAGACCAGCCGCCCGGAUAUCGACACUCGCCAGGCCAAGUCCACUCGUACUCGUCAACGUGUUGCUGAAAAAUCCACAUCAAUCGCCUCAUCCCAGACCCACGCCACUCUGCAAGAUGCUCCCGUGUUCAACUCGCCCAACUAUGCCCCGUCCGCUGCCGUCUCAUCGUACACGCCGCCCACCUCCCCGGGAGACAGAUACCACACAAUUUCCUCGCCAUGCCAGACCUACAACUCCCUCGAUGCCCAGCUCGAGGAUGACAUGCUCCCCUUGUCACCACCCCAACUCGCUCACGCUAGAUAUGAGCAGGCAAUGGCCCAGUACGGAUCAAAUUUCGGUUCCCAGACAUACUCGCAGGAAUCCACGUACUCGCAGGAAUCUCUCUACAGUGACUCUGCUCUCUCGCCUCGGGAGAUGUCUUCCCCUCGCUCGGCGCCCGUCAGCUCGGAAAUCGAUAUCUUCAUGACGCAAGAUCCCUCCGAGGACUUGCGCGAGGAAUUCGGCCAUCUGGCUCACUCGGGUCUCCCUAGUUUCCCGAAUUAUCAGUUCGUGGAUACAACCGACUUCGCCUCUGUCUCGUCAUAUUAUCCCGAGAAGACCUUUUCUAGUCUUGCUCACCUGGAUGAUGACCUGACGGACCCAAUCGACUGCUUGUCCAGCGAGUUCCUGGUGGACCCUUGAACGGCUUUUGUUACCCCAAAAAAGGCUCGACAUAUACGGCGCGGCUUAUCAUUUUCUUCACGGCGAGACUUCUUUGCAACGAUACGGGACGACCUUGUACACUUUAAUGACCCACGACAAAAUCGGGCGUUUUGUUUCUCUGCACAUUUCGGGAUUUGAAACGACUUUGCGAAUAUGCGGGUGUUUCGGGCUAUUUGCUAUUUGCUUUUUGCUUCUUGCCUUUUUGCCCUUAUUGCCCUAUUUCCCCAUGUAUUCUCUUUUUUUGUUCCUUUUCUUUGUGUUUUCCAAUGAUUGUUUCAUUGUGCACGUCCUUUUGGCCUUAUCUCAUCUCUUUGAAGAUGUUCGAUAUAUGGCGGCGUGUCUAUUCCCGGUGUUUAUCCUUCUUUUUAUAUGUUCCCACUUUCAUGAUGCGAUAUGUAUUUGAUGUCUUUACCUUCAAUGGAUCUUUUCUCUACCUACCCUGUCAACAAAGGAUGGCUCACUCGAAGGAUUAUUUUCCUUUGAUGACAGACAUAAUUGCGGAUAGCCUGUACUCUACUAUUUCAAAC